AUGAUGGUUCAGUACCGUUUUGUGGCCCUCGCCACCGCCGCCGUCACGGCCAAGAUCUCGGUCCAAGUGCAUCGCAACUUGGAAGUCGCCAAGCUAUCGAACGUCGUGGUCAAAUUUGACUGUGACGAGGCUCACGUCAACCAUCGCCGCCGACUCAAGGACGGCGCGUCUCGCUCCGAAACCAUCGAGUCGGUGGUUGAUUCGUUGAAGGAGCACACCACCACGUCUCAGGCGUCGGUCAAGUCGCUCCUGGCCAACCAAGUUGGAUCGAUGGCUGUCGAUGUAGCCACGACAUGGAUCGACUGCUCUAUGUACAUCGACAACGCCUCCAACGACCUUGUCGAUAAGAUCGCGGCGUUGCCGCAAGUCGAAUCCAUUUACGAGCCAGUUGCGAGAGCACUCGAUGAAUCCAUAAGCGACGACCAACCAGCCAGUGCUGUCGACGCUGUCAACCAAUGGGGGAUCGAUAAGAUCCAAGCGCCGGAGCUGUGGGCCAAAGGCAUCAAGGGCGAUGGCAUUGUCGUGGGCAUCAUCGACUCCGGUGUUCGCUAUACCCAUAAGUGGUUGAAGUCGAACUGGCGACAGGAAUACGGUUGGUUCGACCCGUACAAGAAGACAGAGCUGCCCAACGACCAGACGGGCCACGGCACUCGUGCCGUGGGCACGAUAGCGGGAACGCAAGGUAUUGGAGUCGCCCCCAAUGCCCAGUGGAUUGCGUGCAAGGGAUGGAACGCAACGUACCUGGAGCAACAUAUGCUUGUGCAAUGCGCUCAAUUCAUGCUUUGCCCUCACGACAAAGACGGCAACAACCGCAACUGCAGCAAGGCGCCCCAUGUGAUCAACAACAGCUGGGGAAAGUACACCAAGAAUUUUUGGAUGGAAGAUACAAUUGCAGCGUGGAGAGAAGCGGGAAUCAUUCCCGUGUUUUCGAAUGGCAACACCGGCCUUAAAGGUUGUGCGUAUUCGAGUUAUCCUGCCGCAUCCCCUCAUGUGAUUGCUGUCGGCUUCACCGACUCCUCGGAUUUUUUAUCGCCACAUUCCAGUUUGGGACCUUCCGUGGAGAACCGCUACAAACCCGACAUUUCGGCUCCUGGUGUAGGAAUCCGAUCCGCAUCAAGCGUCAAUGACGUAGAUGAUUUGUGGGGUUCUGGCUCGAGCACGGCUUCGCCUCAUGUUUCUGGAGCCAUCGCCUUGUACUUGUCCGCCAACGAAGGCGCCUCGUACGACCAAGUGUACACGGCUCUGACCAACAACGUGGACACGGACACGUUAUCUCCACCUAACAAGUCGUGCGGUGAUAUUCCCAACACGCAAUAUCCCAACAACCUCUUUGGCUACGGCCGCUUGAACAUCUUCAAUGCUGUGUCUGCUCUACCCAGCGUCCCCGCUCGACUCCACCCCAUCCGCCCCGCAAGUGUACCCGGGAGCGACGUCAAGGCAGUAUCCCAACGCACCGCCGACGACUGCUGCGACGAAUGCCGCAACACUCCAAACUGCAAUGCGUUUACGUUUACGCAGGACAACGGAGGCACGUGCUGGCUCAAAGAUGAAGACAAACCGGUCAAUUGGGUGAUCAAGGAAGGCUCCAAGUCCGCCCGAGUACUCAACCCGACCAAUUACCUAACCACGUGUGGCUCCUUGGAAGACGACACGCACUAUGCUGGUGGCGACUUUGCUUCGACCAAUCAGGCGACUGCUGAAUCCUGCUGUGGGGACUGUGAAAAUACACCGGGAUGUACGCUGUUCGGGUGGUCCAACCAUAGUGGUGGCACGUGCUGGCUCAAGGAUACCAAGGGGCUCAGGGUGACUUUGGUCGGAGCCAAGGCUGGCUUUCUCCUGGCAGGACCGUCGUCAUGCGGCGCCGUCGAGUCAAACGUGGACUUUGUGGGCGAAAAUGUCGCGCAGGUGUCGGCGGACCAAGCGGCCGACUGCUGCGCAGCGUGCCACAGCCACCAAGCGUGCAAUGCGUACAGUUGGUUAGGUGGUGUGUGCUACUUGAAGGGUCGUCGGGCGGAGACGAAGGUGCUGGAUGGGGUGGUGUCGGCCCGCGUGGACAAGUGCAGUGCUUUGGAGACGGAUGUGUACUACGCAGGCAAAGACCUGUCGGAAGUGAAGGCUGACGUGGCGGACUGCUGUGCGAUCUGCCGUGAAACGAGCGACUGUGGCGCGUUUAGCUGGACCAAUGGCGUGUGCUACCUGAAGUUCUACAAGGCAGCUUCUCAAGCCAACGCUACUUUCAUUUCUGCUGUGGUGAUUUAA